AAUAAACGGUCCUUCGGAUCUACCAGCAGUUUCAGUUUGUCCCUUCCGAGUUCCGAUCUCCAUCUUCCUCGCACACCGAAUUGCGAAACGCAGUAGAGCGACAUCCCUAAAAGUCCCGUGCUUGACCUUGCGUUUGAUGUUUGGAAGUUGAAGUUUGGACCCGAGAUCUGUUUGUCUCCCGAAAUUUGAAUUUGCAGAGAAUUCCCCCGUCCCUCUCCUACCCGACUGCUUUUAGGGUUUACACAUCUGACAUCUCUCGAAGCUUCGAGUCGCAAUCAUGACUGAGUAUUGGGUUAGCCAGGGCAAUAAAUGGUGUGACAUUUGCAAAAUCUACAUAGCCAACAAUCCGUUGAGCAUUAGAACCCAUGAGCUUGGUCAGCGUCACAAGGAUAAUGUUACCAAACGGCUUGCGUCUAUAAGGAAGGAGAAUGCUGCCAAGGAGAAGGAACAAAAGGAAGCAGCCCGCGCCCUUCAACAAAUUGAAGCAAAAGCUAAGCGCAGCUAUCAGAAGGACUUGAAAACUUUUCAGGACGCAGAGGAAUUAAAUGCUCAGAUAUCACAAGCUUAUGAGGCUGGUCCAGAUGAGUGGGAGUAUGAUAGUGCCUCGGGUUAUUACUAUGAUAAAGCAAACGGUUAUCAGUAUGAUCCGAAUUCAGGCUUAUUUUAUUCGAGUGUUUUAGGCAAGUGGAUUACACAGGAAGAGGCAUUCGCCACAUCUCAAGUUUCCUGGGAACCAAAACAGAAAGAACCUGUUUCAAUAAAACCAUCAACAUCUUCAGUUGCUGCACCUGUUGCAGAAGAUAAAGAUGGUACGAAACAUCAAAGUGGACCCCCACCAGGGAGGGUUGCUGCAGCAUCUCCAAACCCAAUGAGAUCUGUUAAAGGUGCUCCAUCAUCAAUCGCAGUGAAGAGAAAAAGAGAAGAUGAGAAGCCAAAGGUAAUCUCUAAAGAGGAAGCAGCUGCCCUUAAAGCAAGGGAGGCUGCAAAAAAGAGAAUGGAAGAAAGGGAGAAACCCCUGCUCGGCCUCUACAAGUCAUAUUGACCAUCGGGAAUGGGACUCUCACUCUGCACUUCCCCCAAGUCAGAAGGUUCUUGGGGCUUUUUUCCUCA